GGCGCCGUUGGGUGGGCGUUGUAGAAGUUGGACCGGAUCCUGUCAGUUUUCGUUACUUUAUCGGAUAUUAUUUGCAUAGUGGCAAGGAAGACGCGGAGACGGAAUUGGUCAUCAGCAAGUGGGAAUCGUUUUUGCAUCCGCGAAGUGUACUGCCUGCUGUAGAGGCCAUCUCUGGCACUUGUCAUUUGCAUGUCACUGACAUUUUCGGCUGCCAUGGUUAG